UUUAAUUGGUGCAGAUUAACUGCACCCCUAGAAAUCAUUCUGAAGCCAAUCCAUGAUAUAAAACAUUACAUUAAGAGUGGCUCAUUUUUAAAGGAAGUGUUACACAUUCUUGUAUAAGUUAUUCUUGUGUUACUCUUCUUUCAGUCUUCAUUCCCUAGCACUCCUAUUUCAAGGCGUGCCUUGCAGCGAACUCUGUCAGAUGAGAGUAUUUAUAGCAGUCAAAGAGAACAUUUCUUCCCCUCACGAGCUUCUCUUCUGGACCAAGCUCUUCCAAAUGAUGUUCUUUUCACCAGUACAUACCCUUCUCUCCCCAAGUCCUUACCACUAAGAAGGCCAUCAUACACAUUGGGAAUGAAAUCCUUACAUGGAGAGUUCUCCGCCUCUGACAGCUCCCUCACAGAUAUCCAGGAGCAGAGAAGGCAGCCGAUGCCAGAUCCAGGGCUCAUGCCCUUGCCUGAUUCAGCUUCGGAUUUAGAUUGGUCAAAUUUGGUAGAUGCUGCCAAAGCUUUUGAAGUCCAGCGAGCAUCCUAUUUUGCUACUAGUGAUGAAAACCACAGGCCUGUCAGUGUUGCUUCCAGUAACGAUCAAGCUGAAGACCAGCUCCCUGCACAGAUGAAGCCUUACACUGGUAAAGAAUCCCCUCCUUCUCUUGCUUCUAAAGUGAGCCAGCUGGAGAGUAUGCUGAGAAUGCUGCAGGAAGAUUUAAAGAAGGAAAAAGAAGACAAAGCCAAUCUUCAGGCUGAAGUACAACAUUUACGGGAAGAUAACUUACGAUUACAAGAGGAAUCGCACAAUGCCUCUGAAAAACUGAAGAAAUUCACUGAAUGGGUUUUCAACACAAUUGAUAUGAGCUAAUAGCACACAUGAAACAAACACAUUGGCAAAAAAAUCUCUGGAGUGGGACUUAGCUUUAACACCAUCCUAAAUUAGAAAAACCCAGUCAGAGCACUUUCAUAUGUUUCGUAUUAGGGGUACCUUUUUUGGUUUUCCUUUGUUUCAUUUUAACAAAUCUGCAAGCACCCAGAAUUAUUGCAGAUCAACUAUCACUGAAUGCCUUUUAUAGGAAAAGAAGAAAAAAUAAUUUUAAAGGAAAUAAAAAUUUAACUACUAAAAUGUGAAUGUCUUUAGAUUUUUUGCACAUUCUAUUUACCUGUUCUGUAUAAAAUUACUUGGAAAGUGGACCAGAAUAACUGUCCAUUUGCCUCUAAUUCUGUUCAUUACUUUGUAUUAGUUUCAGAUUAAUCUGCUUUAUUCUUGCUGCUUUAGUAAAUAUUACAACUUCUAGAAAACAAAGAUUUUUUUUCAAUGCUUCCUUUCUAUUGUUUUGAAUAUACUACAGGCAAGAGGUUGUGAACUGUUUUGAGUGUCUCUUAAUGAAUGCUAUCUCCAUACCUGUUGUACAGAAUCAUUGCCCAGAGAAUAUCAGAAUGUGUGUACACACGUGCAUGUGUGUAUAAAGUAUAGCCAGCACAAAGCUAUGGAUACAUCAGGUUAUCCAGUUCUGUUUUUGCACAUCUAUAUAAAUUUGAUGCCCCUACCCCUACUCAAGUGGAAGAGCUUGAGAUAAACAUCACAAAGUAGAUAUAUUAAAUGCAUAUUCCUUUUCUGGAGAAGAGAGAAAUUGCUACUAUUAUAAGAAUCAUUCUGUCUUUUACCAGCUAGGAAUCCAUCUUUCAGUGGUCAUUCAGUUCUGAUUAUUGAAUUAAUUUUUCUUAAAUACUUAAUUCCUGCUGACUGAGAAUUAUCUAUUGAUAGCUCUCAGUGGCUGCUAGAAUUCUUUCUUAGCACCUUUACUGAUAUAUAUAUAUAUAUAGAUAAUCUAUAUAUUAAGAAGUUAAAAAUGCAAAUCUACACCUUUUACUCUGUUUGGCAUAAAUAUGACAUAAACUGAUUUUCAGUAGUUUUCCAGUUAAUGCCCCAAAUGAAAAGACAAUUGGACAACUGUUAUUAAAGCAUGCAAACUACCUUCCUUCCUUCCUUCCUUCCUUC